GACUGGCUGUUCUUCCCUCACAGACAAGAUGCUCCCUCGUAUGGCCCUCACCAGCCUGUCAUGGAUGCUGCUCUGCUCCCUGCUGCUCCUGUCUCAAGUGCAAGGUGAAGAUGUCAAGGAAGAUGUGCCCUCGUCACGCAUCAGCUGCCCCAAGGGCUCCCGAGCUUAUGGCUCCUACUGCUAUGCCUUGUUUAGGAUACCUAAAUCUUGGUUUGAUGCAGAUCUGGCCUGCCAGAAGAGACCCUCAGGACACCUUGUCUCUGUGCUCAAUGGUGCUGAAGCUUCCUUCGUGGCAUCCGUGGUUAAAAGCAGUGCAAACGGUGGCCAAUAUGUAUGGAUUGGGCUACAUGACCCCACGCUGGGCCAAGAACCCAACAGAGGUGGAUGGGAGUGGAGCAAUGCUGAUGUGAUGAAUUACUUCAACUGGGAGGUGACUCCUUCCUCUGCCUCUGGUGGUUAUUGUGGAAGCCUGUCACGAACCUCAGGCUAUCAGAAGUGGAGAGAUAAUUAUUGUGACUUGGAGUUACCCUAUGUCUGCAAGUUCAAGCCUUAGUGUACAGAGUGAACACCCUGAGCUUCAUAAGAAUUGCACUAUGAUUACAAAUCCAAGUCUGAAGAUAAACAACAGAAGUAAACAUUUUCCCAAAACUCCAAACUUCAUUGCUUGUGAUUUCCUCCUCCUUGCCCUUCUGUCUCACUUGAGUCUCUUCUGUGUGUACUGUGGACUGAGUUUUCAUAGCAUAAUAAUAAAAUAUAUAUUAGACUCAUA